ACCGUGGACAGGCUGAUGAACGAUGAUUACAAUAUUACAUUGUAAGAUAUUUUUCAAUUUUUGCCCAUAGACGUUCAGCAUUACUGCGUUAGUGCAUUCCACACUAACUACCUUUAAAAUAUAGUUGUUAAUUGUUAAUUAUUAUAAGAAAUUGCAUUUCCAUAAAUAUCUGUCUUUCACGACGUCCUGUAGUUAUUGUUAAAUUUUACAACAAUAACAGUAUUGUUAUUAUCAGGUCUCAAAAGUAAAACAGUUCAUUAUACACAAUUACAAAAUAUAAUACACAAUGGGUUUAAGCAUGAAAACCAAGAUUAUUCUAUUUGCUCUUUAUUCGUUGAUAUUUGUCACAUCUGUUGUGUCGUAUUAUGGGUUUAAAGGCAGUCAAGAUUCAAUGCAUUACUUGUCAAUUCAUUCGGGAAACAUUAAUCUUCAAGUGAAAAAUGAAGGUUAUCACAGAGUUCUCCACACCACUAUCACAGCCGACUAUGAAACAUCGAAUCGUAAAGACUGUGCAGUUACAUUACGCUAUGAUUUUCCAGCUGAUAUUUAUGUGGACAAAUAUGAGUUAGCCACUAUUGCAUUGAAUCGUAAAGUGGAAUUUUAUGUUGACAACAAAUUUAUUGAUGUGGAAACACCUGCUCAUAAAUCUGAUCCAUUUGUUCUCUAUGUUGUCAAUUACACACUUCCAGAUACAGCAAAUAAAUUGAUAGAAACAGAAUUCCCGAUUCAUUUAAGAUACCAAAAAGCAGCUGAGGAUAGUCGUUACAAAGAAGUACGAUUCGGCGACGCUUAUUCAGAUGUUCAAAUGUUAUACUUAUGUAAAGGACCAAGAAAUUCUAAUUGGAAACAAUUUCCACUCAAUUCCGGAGAAUGGAUUCCUGCCAGUUAUGUAAAAGUUAACAAAGAUGUUGUAAUGUAUGUACCAGUGGGUGAUACCAAUAAUUUGCCAUGGGUGAGUCUCAUUACUCAUGGUUUUGUAUUGUUGGGUACAUAUUACAUUCUACGUCGUUUAAUGGCUACUCCGUCUCCAGACAAUGCUAUCAUCAAACUUUCACCUGUCAAGUGUUAAAGUAAUCAUACAUUAAUACUGGCUGUAAGCUCAUUAGCAAGAAAAUAUUUAAAGAGACUACUUUUUAAGACUACCUAUUUAUUGUGUGUUAUUCAUGUUAAAACUAUUCUAUGUGUAUUAAACCCCUUCAGAUUUAUAAAACUGUUAUAAAUUGAUUGCAUGCAUCACACAUUUUUUUAGAUUCCUAGUUGUUUUGGUUACAUUUUUUACUUUAUUUACACGUUCCUUAAAAUGCAGACAUAAUUUAUCAAUUAGCAUAUAUUAUUAUAAUAGGUAAUUUAAAUUUAGCCAAAACAAACUUUGUUUGUUAAUAUAUAAUUCAACUUUUUUUUAGAUACAAUAAGUUCCUAUGAUUUUAUUUUAUUCCAACUAAGUUUAUAUUAUUUAUAUUAAGUUUUAUUGACUUAUUAACUUUUACUUUAAAUAAAAUACCUUUGAAUUA